GGUGCCGUGGGGGUGUCCCUGGCCAUGUUUGUCAUCCCUGCCUGUAGCAACCUGGGCUCUCUCAUCUUCGUCCUCAUCGUCAUGGGUUGGUGCAUGGGUUGUCUGGAUUGUCUGGCCAACCUGAAGAUCAUUCAGAUGUUUGGGAAAAAUGUCGGGCCGUUCUUACAGGCUAUGCACUGCUCCUACGGUAUCGGCGCCUUCGUCUCCCCCAUGAUCGCCUCGGCCUUCCUGCUCAACAAGGACUGCACCCCCUACAUCGACGGCUUCACCAUCGAGACACCCACCUACAGGGUCAGCUCCGGCAACGAUUCCAUGUCGGAGCUCAGCACCGUCACGGUCCGGAUACCGCCGCAGCCGCAGAGGGUUUUCCGGUACCGGCAUAUGAGUCACCUGCCUAACGCGUUCUAUAUUUUAGGCUGUUUACAGUUGGUUAUAGCUGGGCUUGUUGCUUACGUCAUCUUCCAAGAAAAACGCGGCAGAUUAAAACCCAGGAACUUGGCUUCUGAGGAAGGAGGUCAUAGCCACAUGUUGACACCUGUUAAAGGUUUCAAGGUGGACAGGCUCGGGGGCUGGCUCCGUGACACCUGCUGUGCUUGUGGGGGUCGGGAGGUGAUAUUGAUCACAGCACUCACCUGCGCGUCCUUGUUUGUCUUUGAUGGGCUACAGUCAUCGUUUGCAAACUAUAUUUACACCUAUGCCCACGAGUCGGGUGUCAAGGGACUAAAGAAAUACGAAGGCGCUGUUUUGGAUGCUUGCUUUUGGGGUCUGUUUGCUGCAGGUCGACUCAUUGCUGUUCCAAUCGCUGCCAGAUUCACGGCGUCGUUCAUGUUGAUUGUCAAUGUGAUAGGAUGUGCCACUGCCCUACUUCUGACCAUCAUUUUCCGUUGGAGUCACGUUAUGAUCUACCUGGGCACCUGUAGCAUAGGUCUAUUUGUCAGCAGCAUGUCCCCUACUGUCAUGUCCAUGGCUGAACAAUUUAUAGAUAUCAACUCAUCCAUCACAACAUGUUUGGUUGUGAUUGCUGCCCUCGGUGAAGCUCUCUGCCCUGUAAUAGUAGGAAAUCUUGUGGUUAACAAUGGCCCGUCCAGUUUCCUCGUCUUUUGCUUCACCUUCAGUGUGUCCGCAAUAUUUCUUUACGCUGCAUUGUUAUUCAUGGGAAGACAGUCUGAAAAGUUCAAAGUUUCCAAACCGGAGUCAUUUAUUUGGUUGUCUGGAAAACAAGUCAUUGUUGAAGGGGAGAGCACUUUUAUCAAACCCUCCAGCAUCAAGUACUACAGCAGGAUGACAGAGAGUGACUCCAACAUGGAGAUGGGACCAAUGGGAUCAAGAGAAAACCUGACAGAAAACAUCGCACAUUAAGAUUUAUUUGGUUAAUUAUGUACAUAUCUAUUACAUUUAUUUGAAAUAAAACUUUAUUUUAAAAGAAUAAUUUGCUAAUUUUUGUGUGAGUAAACUGCUAAUGAUUUUUUUAAAAAUGUGUAAUCAAGUACUUAUUUGUUAUAGAAAAGUUAUUUUUUUCUUCUUUUUCUUUUAUUAAUAUGCAAGAUAUCAGAAUUUUAUUUAAUGAAGAGAUUUUUCUCAUUUUUGUUUUUUCAUUGAAUGUAAUAUUUCACAUUUGUAAAAAAAAGUGUAAAAUAAGAGAAUUUUAAUUGCUUGUUCAUCCUGAUUACAUUUUAAAGUUCACUCACCAUUUUAUUAAUCAUGUGAUAUUAAUAUUUUUUUAAAUACACUGUGAUGGAAAUCUAGCUUACAAAAGCAGUUUCUAAAAUGUUUACCUAAAAAUAUUUCUUUUUAUGGUUAGAUCUGGGUAGAAAUUGUGAAAUUUUUAUAA